AUGCGAACUCGAUCGAGUCGGUCAACUGAAGACUUGGUCGAGCUAGACAUUACAACGGGUAGAAAGAGGGUUCAGAGGUCACAGAGGGUACAAGAGGAACCUGAGGUGCUUGUUGCUGAUACAAUGGAUGUACCAGAGGGGAAUGGAAACCCUUUGGGUAAUGGACUCGGUCGAGCUAGGCAAACUCGACCGAUUGGUCAAGGAGAUGCUCCAAACCGCCACCAACAGAGACAAGGGAUUGUUCCACCACCAGUGCAGAACCACAACUUUGAGAUCAAGCUGGGAAUGAUCAACCUUGUCCAGAACAAGAUGUUCCAUGGAUUGCCAAGUGAAGACCCCAUUGACCACCUUGAUGAGUUUGAUGGGCUUUGCGAUUUGACAAAGAUCAAUGGUGUCUCUGAAGAUGCCAUCAAGCUGAGACUCUU